GUUUCCUGAAACCUUCCUCACACUCAAAAUAAUUUUGUAUUUCUUAAACAAUAAAUUUGUGAAAUUGGUGUUUUAAGUGUUACGAAUUUGUGGAUUUUUGAAUCUAUUUGGAUUCUCAAAAGCCAUGGACUUCCGAAGUAGAAGGAUUCAGUUUCUCCUCUUUGCUAUUGGAUUACUCGCUCUUAGUAUGACAGCUGAGAAAUGUCGGGAACUUGUUGGACAAGAAGCUGCAUCAAAGAGUGGAGAGUUUACAUUUUUGAACUGCUUUGAUAUGAGUUCAGGAACUUUAUCUUGUGCGGUUAAAGAAGGUGUGAAGCUUUAUUUCUACAAUAUAAGAUCUAUUCACGUCGAGAAAGCCCGGAACAUAGCAAUUGAGAAAGCCUUGCAUGAGACAUUGGCAAGUGGCUUGCCUCCUAAUGAAGCAGCCAAAGAGGUGCAGAGAGCGGGUGAAAAAGCGGCUAAAAUUGCCACCAGGCAAGCGAAACGGAUCAUAGGACCAAUAGUAGCAGCCGGGUGGGAUUUCUUUGAAGCGCUUUACUUUGGAGGUACUUUAACUGAAGGGUUCUUGCGCGGUUCUGGAACUAUGGUUGGUGCUUACUCAGGAGGGUAUGUGGGUGAGCAAAGAUUUGGUAGAUUUGGUUAUCUUGUGGGAAGUACAUUGGGGAAUUGGGUUGGCGGACGGGUCGGACUGAUGGUUUAUGAUGUUGUGAAUGGGGUAAACUUCGUCUAUGUGACUUAUCAAUCUGGAGAAGCUUAUGAGAACCAGUCUACUACAUAUGAAACUUCUGAGGACCAGUCUACUACAUAUGAAACUUCCGAGGAUCAGUCUACUACAUAUGAAACUUCUGUGGACCAGUCUACUACAUAUGAAACUCCAAGUUAUGAGCUCUAGAUGCUGCCAAUGUUGGAUUGUGGAUUGAAAAUGACCUAAGAAACUUUUGAAGACAAGUCGAAAGGAAUUGGAAGAUUUUGGAAUAUUUAUUUCCUAUACAUUUGACAUAGUUGUAUAGACUAAAAAGUGUUUCCACUGGAUCAAUUUGUUAUGGAUGUUCAAAAUACUUAAGUUACACUUGAUUCAUUGUGCAAAUUGGUUGUUUCAAAUUA